AUGGAGAGUGCGGCGGCGAGCCAUGCAGGUGGCCUUGUGGCGAGGCUUGGGCAGCUGGUGACAGCGGAAUUCCGGCUACUCAGCGGCGUCCGCGGCGAGGUCGAUCGUCUGAGGGACGAGGUGGCCAUCAUCAACGCCGAUCUCCGCCGGCUCUCCGAGGCCGACGAGAGCGCCGUGGACCACUCGGUACGGGAGUGGAUGAAGCAGGCGCGCGAGCUCGCCUACGACGCCGAGGACUGCAUCGACCUCUUCUUCUUCCUCCGCAUCAGCCUCGCCCCGCCGCGCGCCGGUGCUCUCCACCGCGCCUGUCGCUGGUUUCUCACCAUCCGCCCGCGGGCGCGGCACCGCCUCGCCAUCGACAUCCAGGACGCUCGCGCCCGUGCCGGCCGUCUCGCCAUCCGCCUGCAUCAGCAGCCGCGGCACGACCGCAACUUCGUCGUCGACACGGCACUGCCCCGUUCCGUGUGGUUCGUCCCAGCUUCGACUACGCCCUCCACCGCGCUUAGCAAGCUGGUCGGCGUCGACGACCAGGUGCAGCAUUUGUCCGAUCUGGUGAAGUCGGAUCAGAAGCUGACGAGUGACAAUCAGCGUGACGUGAGUCUCAAGGUGUUCUGCAUCGUGGGGUUCGCGGGGCUCGGGAAGACGACGCUUGCCAUGGAGGUUUGCAGGAGCCUGGAGGAGGAGUUUGCCUGCCAGGCAAUGGUGCCGGUGUCUCAGGUGUUCGACGCCGGCAAGGACCUCGGCAGACUGCUCAAGCAGAUAAUUAAGAAGGUCGUGAGGGUUACAAGCGGAAGGGGGCUGCAAGAAGAGCAGGAAUUGCAUAACAUCGACGAAGAUGACGUGGACGAGCUAGCGAUGAUGCUCGGAGAUUGUCUCGAUGGCAAGAGGUACCUCAUUGUGAUUGACGAUGUAUGGUCCAUAUCGGCUUGGGAAGCGAUACUGUCAAGACUGCCAGAUAACAAGUGCAACAGUAGAAUCAUUGUGACCACUCGGAUAGAGCAUGUUGCCAGGGCCUGCCGCUCAGCUAGCCUUGAGGAAGAGUACUACAUUCAUCGAGUUAAGCCGCUCCAAUUCGAAGAUGCCAAGAAAUUGUUCAUCAAUGCAGUAUUUGGCCCUCAACAAGAUUGCCCAGAACAUCUGAAAGAUAUAAUGCACAAGAUAUUAACAAGAUGCAGUGGGCUACCGUUGGCUAUUUUCUGCAUUGUCAGGCUUUUGGCAGGCUACAGAUCACCGGAGGGCGCCGUAGAGAUGUGGACGAGAGUUUGCAACUCAACUGGCUCUCUGAUGGAGAACAAUCCCACACUGAACGGCAUGAGACAUAUAAUAACACUGAGCUACAACCACCUGCCUCAUCAUCUCAGGGCUUGCAUGAUGUAUCUCAGUCUCUUCCCAGAGGAUUAUGUUGUUGACAAGCGUAGGUUGUUGUACAGAUGGAUUGCCGAAGGCUUAGUUUCCGAGCAACGAGGGCUGACACCCAUGGAGGUUGCAGAAUCUUACUUUGCCGAGCUGGUGAAUAGGCACAUGAUUCAGCCAUCCUGCACUGAAACCUUGGGCACGUUGAUGGGAUGUAGAGUACACGACAUGAUGUUGGAUAUUAUUGUGUGCAAGGCCUUAGAGUCCAACUUUGUCAGCUUCGUAGGAGGCCAAUGCCGAGAUCCAUCAUAUGGUAGUGUUCGUCGUCUGGCCAUCCAGAGCGAUGACCUAGGGUCUAGCAUUGAGAACACAAACUUGAGGCACGUCAGGUCAUUGACCACUUUUCGCCCCCAAGGUCAUCGAAAGCUCCUAGAUUGUCUUGCUGAAUUCACUUUACUGAGGGUGCUCGACCUACAGGACUGUAAGGACUUGCAGAACAAACAUAUGAAGCAUGUUUGCCAGCUAUUUCUACUCAGAUUCUUGUCCUUGAAUGGAACAGAUAUCACAAAAUUGCCUAGCCAGAUGAAUAAGCUGCAACAUUUGCAGGCACUUUGGUUAAUAAGCACGCUGCUUGUCAAGGUCCCAGAAUCCUUGGUCGAUCUAGAGAAACUUGAGCACCUUGGAUUCAAAAACAAGCAUGAUCGGACAAUACUCCUGAGGCUACCCCGCCACAUUAGGAAAAUGAAGGCGCUACAGUCAUUAUAUAGGUUCGAAUUCCGUGAGGACGAUGCUCAGCUUGCCGAGGAGAUCGGUGAUCUUGUACAAUUACGAGUUCUCAAUGUAGUCCUCAACUGCUCCAAUUGCUCCGAAGCAAAGGUUCUCACCGAGCUUGCCAAAUCAAUGGGAAGGUGCUCCCAGAACCUCUGUAAGUUGUUUCUUGAAGACAUGCAUUUCAACGCAAAUAACAUGAAUUUUCUCCUCGAGCUCCCCUCGCCACCAAAGUUCCUCCGGGUACUCUACAUCGGUGGUACCAUCGAUAGAACUCCAGACUGGGUGCAGUCACUUACUCAACUUGUUGAGAUUGUGUUUUGGUGGACAAACCUUCCUAGUGACGAGAUAUAUGGUGUCCUGUACAAGCUGCCUAACCUGUCAAAGAUCAUCUUGGGCAAGAGAUGCUGCAGCGAAGACAAGCUGGUGGCUAGCGGCGCCUUCAAGUUCCCGCAGCUCAAAGAGUUGAUCUUAGGUCCUAAUGACGGUAAGCCACGAGUUUUCGGAUUUGAGGAAGGAGCCAUGCCAAAGCUCAAGACCCUAGAAAUGAAUUUCCAUAAGGAGGAUAUGAUUCUUGAUGGUGUCCAACACCUUACGAGCCUCAAGGAGGUGCGGCUCCGUGGUUGGAAGCAUAACAGUGCACUGCAUAGGGCAGUGGACCAGCUGAAGGCUCAUAGCAUGAGUCGCCAUAGAGUUCACGCCGUAGCGACUAGCGAGUCCUUGUCUUACGGCAUGAACUGGAUGUGA